AUGGCCACCAGGGCCACGGCAAGAGAGAUAGGGACUUGCAUUGCAGCCGCAUGCUAUUUCAAAUGCCCCAAGUUCAUCAAAGUGUUCAUCUACAGAGCAAUACUGUAUGCAGAUGAGUUCAGUGAAGGGAACGCAUGGAUUGAGGACGGAAUAAGCGUUGCCUCGGAUAUCGAAGGGCCUGAGUAUACACUUAUCCUUGAAACGUAUAGAAUUUGGCCCUUUCAGCGGUUGUUAGGAUCGAUGAUGGAUGUAUGGGCCAAGAUGGAAUCAGCCGCUAUGGAGAAUCCCCAUUACGCCAGGGACAUCAGGGAUCUGCAGGUGAGAAUGAAAGAUCUAGUCGCCAAAACCCAGAGCAACUGCGAUAUAGAUGUUCAGUACACACAGAGCAUGCAAUCAUUGCUGAGGUGUAACAAGUAA